AUGGCCCCUUCAGACGCUGGCCAUGAGGCUAUUUCGCACUAUGAAAUCCUUCAUCUCCCACACCCUCCAGUUUCGCUAAGAAACCAAGAUAUCAAGGCUGCCUACCACCGUGCCUUACUCCAAUAUCAUCCAGAUAAAUCCGGCUCUUCAACACCCUCCUCGCCAGGAGAAAAGGCAGGAAAACGGGAGAUUUUUCCCAGAGGACUUAAUACCCCCAAAUAUGUGGCGCCCCGCACCGUUGAUCAAAUUACAGCUGCCUACAAGGUCCUCUCCAAUCCAGCAGCAAAGGCGGAGUAUGACCAGGCACUUCUGUUAUCUGGGUUUGGAAAGACUAGUACGGCUACUAACCGAAAUGAAAACGAUGACCUGGUAUUCCGCACUGGCCUAGAAGUCCUCGAUCUUGAUGACAUGGUGAUGGAGACAGUAGUUAGUCAGCCGGGUGGAGAUGAAGAACAGAACAGCAUCGAGACUUGGUAUCGAGGCUGUCGAUGUGGUGACGAGAAAGGAUUUAUGGUUAGCGAGACGGAUCUAGAGAACGAGGCCGAGAAGGGAGAGAUUAUAAUUGGAUGUCGAGGGUGUAGCUUGUGGGCCAAGGUGGUGUUUGCUGUUCAUGAAGAUACGGACGGGUGA